AUGGGAAGAUCACCUUGCUGUGACAAAGCCAAUGUUAAAAGAGGUCCAUGGUCACCAGAAGAAGACUCUAAACUCAAAGCUUAUAUCCAACAACAUGGUACUGCUGGCAAUUGGAUAGCUCUUCCAAAGAAAAUAGUAGGCCUCAAAAGAUGUGGAAAAAGUUGUCGUCUUCGAUGGCUAAAUUAUCUUCGUCCAAAUCUUAGACAUGGGAGAUUCUCCGAAGAAGAAGAUAACAUUAUUUGCAGCCUCUAUGUCAAUAUUGGAAGCAGGUGGUCAGUUAUAGCAGCACAGUUACCAGGACGAACAGAUAAUGAUAUAAAGAACCACUGGAACACAAGGUUGAAGAAGAAACUUUUGACAAAGCCAACGAAAGAGCAACAAUCUGAAACUCGCCAAGUUUUCAUCCUAAAUCAAAAGAUCAAGAGAGAAAGUGCUUCUUCUAUGCAAGACUAUAACCUCAAGGAAGUUGAGUUCUAUGAUAAUAAUCAACUGCAGCCAGUAAAUGCUAACAUUUACUUCCCACAAGAUGAACUAUAUUAUCCAUCCACAAUGAAUAACGUAACUUCUGCAGAGUUGACCUGUGUGAACCAGCAACAAGAAGACUAUGGAUCAACUAGGAUUAGUGGUAGCACGAACUUGAAUUCAAUAGAAAGCACUAGUUGGGGGGAUAUGAGGUCUUUGAUUAACUCACCUUUGGUUUCUGAUUAUGAAGGUUGUCAACAAGAUGUUAGUUUCGAUGAGUCUAUGUUCUAUGGAAUGAUCCAAUCGCAAUGA